UUCCUCGUGACCAUCCCCGGGUAGUUUUGAAAAAGUUUGUUUCAACAUUAAAAUCACGACCAGUCUUGUGUGAUUAUGUUACAUAGACUAGACGAUCAUCGGACGUUAUAAUGUUCACAGUAUUUCGCAUGUUACUAACACUAAUCCACUUUUCAUGUGACUUAUUUGCCGGGUUUUAUAAUUGCUGUAUGAUCGUUCAUCGCAAGUGUACCGAAAUCUGGUACCGUGAGAACCUAAGGACAGAAACUGAAAUGCUGACGCGUGUCGCGAACGAAAUGAAAAAGCUACCAAGGCAUUUAGUGAUCAUUUUCGGCGCGAAGGAGGACACUGUUUUUGACUGUAUACGAAUUAUUGGAUGGUGUAUUACCCUUGGUAUACCUUACAUCAGUUUCUUUGACAUCAGUGGUUACUUAGUCCGAAAUGAGAAUUUAUUGAAAUACGAACUCGCAAAAAGACGGCCCGAUUUACUGGAUCGCAUCAGUUGGAGUAAACCAAAUGCAGGAUUCACACAAAAUGGAAUAACCGACUUCAAAUUGAAAACGCGGAUAUCUUUGUUGUGCGCAUCAGAUGGAAAAAAAGAAAUAGUAUCGUUAACAAAAACAUUAGCUGAAGCUGUCGUCACAGGGACGAUUAAGCCGGAAGAAAUAAAUAUCGAUUUACUUAAUGAGAAAUUAAAUUCACGGGGAAUUCCGGACCCUGAUAUGGGACUAAUAUAUGGUCGCCUUUGUUCCACGUACGGUGUCUUGCCAUGGCAAACACGAAUAACAGAAUUCUACACGUUACCUUUACACGUUAGUUUAUCUGCAAAGGAUUUUACAUGUCUGUUAGAAAAAUACAGUAAAUCCGAACAACGAUUCGGAAAAUAACUGGAAUUGUUGUUCAUUUGCGAAAAGUUUUUGUAUCCAAAAACAAGAAGAAACAAACAAAUGUGAAACAAAAUAUAGCUCCUAAGGACAUUUUUUACAAAGACUGAAUUUAAAAUAAUUUACAGAUACUAUUUUAUAAGUGGUUGCGUGCUAAAUAAACUUAUAAUGGCUACAUGUGUAGCACAAGUGUCGUUUCAUGAACCGAUUUUAACGUUUGCCGAUAAGAAGAAAUUUAGGUAGCUUAACUUGAAGAGUUUCUCAUAAAUAAGAAAAGAAGAUUCCACAAAAUGCUGUAGAAGCGAAACAUUUUAAUUAUGCAAAAUAAUUGUCCUGCCAUAAGUUAAUACCAUAAAAAAUGGAGAGAAACAUAAGGAAUGUGAUAUUUUGUUUUUCUCCUCAAUUAAUUAAAGAUUUCGGUUUAUUUAGUUUUAAUAUACUAUAUCAAUAGUGUGUUAAUGCUAAGUAAAAUAUAAUUUUAAAAAAUACAAAGAGGAGUGAUAAGUAGACUAUUAAAAAGUGAUAACAUUUUAAAGAGGAAAGUAUAUUGAUUUAAACUCAAGUACAAAUAAAUUUAGGUAGUUAAGGUAAAAUUUUAGUACAUCACGUUGAUCAAUUUUUUAAAGUUUAACUAAUAUAUCACUCUUCUUUCAACUUUAUAUUUUCUAAACAAAAACCAGGAGCACUCACGCUUUAUGAAUAAACAUAUUAUGAAAUUAAAA